UCUCAAAGGCGGGUGUGAUGGAGGACGUCGUAGAGCAGUCGUCGUUGUUCGUCGAAGAGUAGAGGAAAAAAGUUUUUAUUUCCUUCAAGUGUCUAAGGAAUUGAAAAACAAAGCAGUAUAGUAAUGGAAAACUUAUUGUGGUUAAUUGGAUGCACAUUUCUAUAGUGGAAAAGCAGAAUUCGUGUGUGUAUUCUGUGCAGUGAUUACAGUGGAAUAUUAGUAAAACUAAUAAUGACAAUAUUAUAGUUGACAGAUAAACAGGUCAUAAUUGUUUCUCCAUUUAGGUCACUGAGUUUAUUCUGAAAAUGCGCAGAAAACGGCGUCUGAGACUGAGGUGGCCCAGAAAGGCGGCCGAGUCAAGCUCAAGCGACGACGAGCCUUUCGUCUACGGCAGCCCAAGAAACGGCGGCCCCCGCCUCGAGGAGAGAGGCUCCUCCUGCAGUCUGCCCCAAACCAACAGCAGGACACGCGAGACGUCUUGCGUGCGAGAUGUCCUCCAGAGACAAGUGUACUUCCAGCGGGCAGCUCAGGUCCUGCCCAGAUGGGCCAUCGAGUCGGACCUGAUGACCAAUUUUCCAACAUUCCACCUCAUUUCCGUGGCCUCUGGGAGUCCAGUGGGCGUCCGAAGGUGCUCUAGCGACGGCCACAUAGCGAAGGAGAACCGCUGCGACGACAAGAACAGGAACGUCAAGGGGGACUUGGAUAGCGACGACAGCAGUGGGUCGGAGGAAGUCUUCGUCAGCCUGGAGGGGGAGAGGGACGGCAACGGCAAUGUCAGUUCUGACGGGCUGUUGGGUCCAAGGGAGUCCGCAGAUGAGGACCGUGUCCUCGGUGAUGGCUGUGAUGGUGAAGGGGAAGUUGGAGACGAGGAAGAUGGUGAAAUAGCUUGUGAUCUUAACUGCGGUGAAGAGGAGGUUAUCCAACUGGCAGAUCUGAACGUUUCAUCUGGAAGCUCAUUAUCUAUCGUGAAUGGAAGUGACACCCUGGAGGAGACGGACACUAUCGAAGAAUUUGACGAUGAUGAAAAAGAUAGUGACGACGACGAUGAUGAAGAUGAUGAUGAUGAUGAUGAUGAUGACGACGACGAUGAAGAUUAUGAAUCGAGCAGGAAAGAGAGUGAAUCAGUCGACGAUGCAAAUGAAGUGGAUACCGAAUCUAGAAGGCACAAAGUGUAUAAACCCAGAAAGAAGAUACCACUGAGAAAUAAACCCCUGGAAUCCAUCGCCAACAGCUUACUUAUUAACGGCCAUAGGCCGGUUGUUGCCCAGCAUUCAGAUUCGAGCACUGCCAUGUUGCUGGAUCUUAUUCACGAGCUGGAAAGUAACUUGGAGAGGUGUUCCUUUGAUGCCGGGGCGCCUCCUCCCCCUCCUUCCCACUUAUUUAACGUAGGGUGUCGCAUAAGCCAGAGUUGCGACGCCUUCUUGGCUACGGGCGAGGGCGUGUGUCUCAACAUGCAGCGCCGUCGAAGCAGAGGGAGGAAACUGGCCUCCAGGAGUGUCGAAAAUGUCGACUUUGAUUCUGUGGACUGGAGAAACCAGAACAGAAUAGGGGACAUGAGCGACCUGCUGGCGGAUGUCACCAAGAUGUUCAACAGGAGGCACGGCGGUAAGAACCAAGACUCUCCCGAGCCAUUCUUAGAUCAGGAGACGGAUGGGGAAUUCUGGCGGUACAUCGAUUCCCUCAACAUGAAUCCACUCAGAGAUCAUCGCUUUCGGAAAUCCAAGUCGAAGCGCAUGUUCCUGUCGAAUCCGAACCUCUUCACGUUCGCCGUCAGCCUCAGCGACUUGAACCCCUUUGAAAGCGACCCCGAUUUCGAGGACGAAAAACCCGAAUUUCUAUCCAGGUUUGAAGGAGACGCUGAUGAAAGAAUAGGGCUGGAAAUUCCGAUAGAAUUGAUGGCGGGAUUGUCCGACUGCGUCCUGCCAGGAAACGUCCCACGUCCAAAUAUGGACUCGAGUUCUUGCUUGGAGCUGGCCCUGGAGGGUGAGCGGCUCUGCAAAGCUGGUGACUGCCGGGCCGGAGUUGCCUUCUUCGAAGCAGCGAUACAGACAGGCACCGAUGACCUUCGUACGCUCUCGGCUAUCUAUUCACAGCUAGGCAACGCCUACUUCUACCUGGGGGAAUACGACAAAGCUAUGGAGUAUCACAAGCUGGAUCUCACGGUGGCCAGAACAAUGGGAGACCGUAUCGGAGUAGCAAAGGCUUCAGGAAACCUAGGAAAUACACUUAAAGUGAUGGGCAAGUUUAAGGAGGCCAUUUGCUGCUGUGAAAGACAUCUGUCCAUCUCGCAGGAACUAGAGGAUAAGGUUGGGGAAGGCCGAGCACUCUACAAUUUAGGGAAUGUAUACCAUGCUCAGGGUAAGCAUCUUGGUCGAAUAGGUCCUCAGGAACCAGGAGGGUUCAGUGAAGAAGUUAAACAUUGUUUGCAAAAGGCUGUUGAAUAUUAUGCUGCCAAUUUACGUUUGAUGGAGGAGCUUAAUGACCGAUCAGCUCAGGGUAGAGCUUGUGGGAAUUUGGGGAACACUCACUACCUUCUUGGGAAUUUUACUCAGGCAAUUAAUUACCAUAAUGAGAGAUUAGCAAUUGCAAAGGAGUUUGGAGAUAAGGCUGCAGAAAGGAGAGCUCAUAGUAACUUAGGAAAUGCACAUAUAUUUCUGGGAGAGUUUGAAACAGCGGCAGAACAUUACAAGAAAACUUUACAAUUAGCGCAAGAAUUAGGAGAUAGAGCAGUGGAGGCCCAGGCUUGCUACUCUUUAGGUAACACGUACACCUUAUUGCGAGACUACCCAAUGGCUAUUCAUUACCAUUUACGGCAUUUGGCAAUAGCACAGGAAUUAGCAGACAAAGUAGGAGAAGGAAGAGCAUGUUGGAGUUUAGGAAAUGCGUAUUCUUCUACAAAUAAUCACGAAAAAGCUCUUCAGUAUGCCAAUAGACAUUUAGAAAUCUCAAAAGAAAUAGGAGAUAAAACAGGCCAAGCAGCAGCCCAAAUGAAUUUAACAGACAUUAGAAAGGCAUUGGGGCUUCCUCCAACACCUGCUGAUGAUUCAGUGGAAACAUCCGAAGAUUCAAAGUCACGAGCACGUAGGAAAUCUAUGGAGAACAUGGACCUCCUCAAGAUGACCCCAGAUGCCAAGGGUGUCCUGCAGAAAUAUCAGAGUGAAGACUCAGGUUCUCACAAUGGUCCAUCAUUCGCCUUUAGUCCUUCUGCUGAUAUGAAUACUUCAGCAAAUGAAUCAAAUGCUGAGGAAGAUAGUUUCUUUGAACUGUUGUCAAGAUUUCAAAGUAAACGGAUGGACGACCAACGGUGUACCUUAUCCAUUGAUAACAAUAAGGAAAAUCAGCCUCAACCUCCACAACCUCACCUCCCUCCUCAUAGAGAGGCUGGAUCACUCUCUUCCACGGGCUCUACUAAUGGAACAGCAACUCCCUCAGAUAAUGGUGCAAAUAAUUGUGGUGUCUUGGAAGAGUUGAUGGAAAGCAUUGCAGGAAUGCAGAGUAGGAGGAUGGAUGAACAGAGAGCCUCAUUACCACAACUACCUGGUCUAAAUAAUCAACAGGCGAUACUUCAACGGCUUUCUAUAGCAGCAAAUGAUUCCACAUCUCUUCCAGACGAUAAUUUCUUUGACAUGCUCAUGAGAUGCCAGGGAUCGCGCAUAGAAGAUCAGCGAAGUUUCCUUCCAAAUGAAGGUGCCAUAACUCACUCUGCCCCAACUGUACCAGAUGAUGACUUUUUCUCCCUUAUCAUGAGAUUCCAGUCAGGUCGGCUUGAAGAUCAACGGUCAACCAUGCCUUUGGAAGCAAGUCAAAACAGUUUACAUCCAACCACUACAGAUGAAGAAGAACCGCCCAGUAACUCACAAAGUGUAGGAGCAAAAGAUGGUCUCGUCAGUAGACUGGUAAAAGGGAGAAAAUAGGGGAUAUAAUUACCAUAUUUUAUAUGCAGAUAUGUGUAAGAAUUUAGAAAGAAUAUCAUAUUAAAGGUAAAUACUUUAUUAUGUUUUUGACCCUUUCACUGCGCCAGGAAAGAAAUCGGCAGGGUUGAAUAUUUAAGUAUUAAUUGCACGAGAGAGUGGAUAUUCUAUUUUGUUUUGCUGAUGCUUCCUCACAAAUAUUAAGGAAAACACCUCAUAUGAAGUGGUUUUAACAAUAUAAACUAGUCCAAAGUAAUAUAAAAAAAUAAUUAUGUAAAAAACAGAGUUAAUGAAUUUUUGUUUUCAGCAAAUUUUGAGGUAACUUUUACUUUUAGAUUCAAACCCAUAUCACAAUUUGAGUUCAAAUAUGUACAUCAGCAAAAUUACAUUAUUUCCUAAAAACGUCGCAGUGAAAGGGUUAAAGGGCAGAGUUACUCUAUAUUUUAUUAUUCUGAAGUUUGUAUUAAGUUAUCUACAAACCACACAACUGUGGCUAUCGUCAUGAAAGAUAUAUAUAUAAAUAUAUAAAUAUAUAUUUUAUUUUAUCAGUGAAUUGUCCAAAAUCUUAUUAAACUCUUCGGUAAAAUGAUUUUAUACUUGAGACAACUGAACAAUUUCUUGGACUACUACUAUUACUACUACUUUUACUACUAGGAAGAACGAUCUGAUAAUGUUACAGUUUACAACUUUGUGUUCAACUGGGAGAAUGUGAUAAGAUUUAGUAUUUUAGGGAUUGUAUUAUCCUGGUUCUAAAGUUGACAUGUCAUGUGACACUAUAAAAUACAUAUUUCCAGAGUAUACAAGAUUGAGUAAAACCCACACUUCACAAAAAUUAAAUUUAUGAUAAUGGCACAAAAAUUAAAUGUAUGAUAAUGGCUCAAAAAUUUCCCAUAGAAUUGUUGAGUUAAAGAACAUUGAGCUCAUCCAAGGACACCAUUUGAGCCAUUACUGUCAAGUUAUUAAAAAAAAUAGUUUUCAUUAGAAGUUCCUGUUUAUCAGUGGUCUUGAAAAUGUCACUACAGUCCAUACACAAAAUGAAAUAUGUAGAGGAGCAUAUCAGUUCUCCUGCAGAUAGUGUCAAUAACUAUUUUACUCCGGUCUCUUUCUUUUGCAGUUUGUUAUGCCACAGCGAGUUAUGAUAUAAGAUGAUCUGGUGAGGUGGAGGUGGCAAAGGCUCCUUAUUAGAACAUGGUGCUUUUCAUUCACAUUUCAGGUGCUUCACAUACAUGUCAAUAUCAUCUUCUCCAUUACUUCUGCAGCUGAAGCUACAGAAAUAUUUUCAUCUUCAAUUGGGGAUUCCUCAUAGGGGGUAGUGCUGUUAGUGUGCCUCAUGUGGUGCACUUUUUUGCAUUACUAAAAGACAAUUGCAUUGUCCCUUUGACCCCUAACCAUACCCACUAGUUAGACUUACUUCCAUUCCCACUUCCUUUCUUCAAUCUUGCUGGCCAACUAACCAAUCCAGUACCCUCUUUUCACCUUAAGCACUAAAUGGCUGAAGGUGCUCAGUGCUUGGCCUUAAAUCCAAAUUUUUAUUAAUAAAUUUUGGAUUGUUGGAUUGUAGUAUUCCAUUCACAGCAAAAAUCCUUUUUCUUUGAUGGGUUUCGAGAAUUCAACCAUUCAAAGAAGGCCUCUUUCCUUCAGAUUCUAAGUUUGAUGUAACUUCUGGAACUCACUGUCCUGAUACACAGUGCUCAAUUCUUUUUCUUUUUCACCUACAUUAGUUAUAAAACCUGAAGUGCUUGACUUUAGGGAAUUUUACUUGAUUUUGUAUAAACUCAAUAUGAAGUCCAGGCAAGGAACUGGGCUAUCAGCUUUCAAAAUUUUGCUACAACCAAUCCUACCAUGCUGUCCACACAUUGAAAACUGCAGAUGAAGUAGACAAAACCCCAUUCUAUCUACCCCUACAAAGAGAGCGGACACCUCUCGGCCCUUUUGCCCAUACUUCCCAAGUCAGCCUAGAACGACAGGGUUCCUGAUGAGACUAGCCUUCUCAACCCUCUCUGCCGCUACUAAAGGGGGUGUUGUGUGCUGCAUUUCAAAUCACUGGAUGGUGUGGCGUAAAAUGGGAAUGGAACAGUGGGUAGUAGCAGUCCUAAAGGACGAAUACAGACUCCCUUUCUAGGACAGUUGGCCAUCUCCAUCUCCCCAAACCCAAUCCCAUUCCUGACAUACCUUGCCAGCUUAACCAACUCUGAAGGUCUAUAGACAGAGAUCAAGAUUGUGAUGCUGAAAGGAGUGAUCAAGAUUGCUCAUACCAGCCAGAAGAGAUGCUGUUGUGCCCAGUCUGCGCCCUAAAAUGUUACUUGGAAAGGACAAAGAACCUCAGACCAGAGUGCAAAUGACUUUUUGUGAGUAAAGAAUGUUGCAAGGAGGAGGUAUCAUCCAAGAACACCAUCUCUGCAUUAUCAAGGAACUUGCAAUCUCUGGAUAUUACCUCCUUUAGUCUAAGUUCCCUGGUAGUGGUAGUGCUGAGAUGGUGUUCUUGGAUACCUCCAAGAACACCAUCUGGCCAGUACGAACAAUUUUGAUCUCUCCUCUCAGCAACAGUCUUAACCUCUGUCCACAGACCUUCAGAUUAAAUCCAGGGAAAGAGUUUAUGGCCAACUGUCUUAAGAUCUGCAGUCUCCAGAGCUUACAAGUUCUCUGGUUGUGCGGAGAACCUUCCAACCCAUCUAUAGGUUCACUACAUAGAGGUACCAGGCCUUGUAUUGCCUUCCAAAAUAACUACUCGGUCCAACAGAUACUGAGGGUGGCAGUCUGGCGCUGUCAGCCUUCCUUCACCUCUAAUUGAGGGAUGUCACUCACAGUCCUACAGAUAAUGAGGGUGGCAGUCUGGCGCUGUCAGCCUUCUUCACCUCUACUUGAGGGAUGUCACUCACAAGUCCUUUGAAAAGUUUCCAUUACGACCUGUGGUAGUGGCACAAGCACUGUAACUACCAGGUACUGUUCAGUUGCCCCACAGCUCAUUUGAAGGAUUAAGCUUUUUUUUUUUUUUUUUUUUUUUGGGGGGGGGUUCCUAAGGGAAGAUAGGGUGCAUUUACUGACCCAUUUUCCCUCUCACAACCGAGCCCACAAGUAUUCAUGCUAGAGUACAAGCUGGGCCCUAAUUAAUACUGGUAAGUAGCAUUAAGAGCCCUCUUCUACUAAUCUAUAACAGGAGGGAGAUGGCAAAAUAGAGCCAAUAUGUAUACCAACCCACUGAUUGCAUAAUCCGUACAAUGGUUCCUGUCUCUUUGGACGGGGUACCUGGAUCUUCAGGAUAACCUGACAGGACUUGGGGUCCAUUAAAUGUGGAGCCUCGAUGUCGGGACAUACUGACAACUCUUUGGAGGUUGUGCCAAUGAGGCAACACCACCACAUCCUCUGUGGUGGUAUCAGCAGAGAGGUAAAGCUGAGGUAUCUAUACGUGCCCCUUUAUCUGCAAGAGUUCUACUUCCGCCCAAGUAGUUAACAUCCAUGUAUCAAAGGCGUAGUGCUUGUCUAGUCUUAAAAACAAAUUCCAAAUUUUUUAAGUACGUAAUUUGUGUUAGCAAUACAAACUGCAGCCUUUAAUAUUGGAGGUAACCCUCCUUGUCCACCCUGCUUUGUUAUUGCCCUUCAGUUUUUCAUUCUGAACAUGGGCAGCAUCAAUGGAUGAGAAUGGACAUCUCAUCUCCACAUGGGUACCACUCUGUUUAGUCAGUCCAGUGCUUGAACUGGAAGAUACUCCAUAUCUGAAAGGCUAUGGUUUGUAUACCUAAGAAAAAUGCUUGAAUAAUUUACAAUUUUGUGAAUAACUUGACAGAACUGGCUCAAAUGGUACCCCUGGAUCAGCUCAAUAUUGCAGAUGAUAUUAAGCAAGUAGACUUGGAACUGAUGAUCAAAGAGUAAAAAAGUUGAAAAGCUAUGGAUCUUUAGCCACAAUGAGAUGAGAUAAAAGAAGUCAAAUUUUUAUGAAAUAUUUUGAGACAUUUUCAUAAUAAAUCUUAUAUUUAUGCAUUGUGGGUUUUGUCAUAUGACAAUCCACUUCUAAAUGCAAAAAAUUUGUCACUAUAACACUUAAAAUAUCUGCUAGGGUUUUGAUACACUUUACAUCCAGGAAAUUGCAGCCAGACAAAAUUACAUACAUUGGAGUGGGGUAUAUUUUAAUAAAAGGAUUUAUUGAAAAUAAAAAAAAUGGGGUAAAAUGCUGUAUCAUCUAGUGAUAAAGGGCAUCAAAGGCCAUUCUGCAAACUGACAGACCUGCACAUUUUACAGUGGUCAAUAAUUUUAUCUUUAACAUUAAAACAUUGUUUUAAAGUAAAUGUAGAUUGCUCUUCUUUGUGAAUUUAAAGGCUAUUGUAAUUCAAACAUCUGCUUUCUUAGAAAGACUUCUGAAAAAAUUUGAGUUAUAUGCUCAAAAGAAUAAAAUAAAAUUAUAGGAACACUAUGAUUACUUUAUAGGAGUUAUACAAUAAUGACCAACAUUACAUUUGUGUUGAGCUUUGGCUAAAAAUCCUCACAAGCUUCAAAACAUCUAAAAGAUAAUGUUGAAUGCACUACCCCUCAAAACAUAAUAACUUUAAAACAAAUUUCAGCUGUAGUUGAGGAUUUCUGAUGUUUGGUUAAUACACCAUUUUGAUUUGUCUUGGUAAAAACUUGCAUACAGAAACCAGUCGAAUAUUUUUGACAAUGUUUUACACCUUCCCCCAAAAAAUAAACUUCAUCAUUCCCCAGUAGGUGCAUUGGAAUUAUUAAUUUUAUUAUGACCAGGUUUUACUAAUGCCCCAGGAAAACAAAUUUUGAGAGCAAGUGUACUGACACUUGAGAUUUUACAGGGACCAAGUAGAGGUAAAUUACAUACCUACAAGUAAACAAUGAGGAUAUUGUGAACAGUUCGUGUCACUGACUUCAAAUUUUCAGGCCUCCAAGAUGCUGGAAAGCACCUGUGAGUCCUUUGGUUAGUCAUGCCAGGUUCCAAACUUCUCUAAAAGAGGUGGAUUCUUAGGCAAAGCAUAGAAUUUCUUUUGAUUUAUAUCAAGAGGACAUUACUUUCUAAAUACAAAUAUGUUACUUAGGUUAUCACAUUACCUUUUCUUACAACUCAUUCCAUCAGAAACUUGUGCAAAAUUUUUUAGUUUUUUUUUUAUUUCUUAUUUCAAACAAUUUUUGUGAUUUUCCUAAAACAUAUUUUUCAAGUUUUGCUUGAAUUGGUACAAAUAAUUUUAUAUAACAGAAGUGGUACAAAAAUUUACAUCUUGUUUGAUAGGACCAAGUCUGGAUUUUUAGUUUUACCUCAUAAGUUUGCGAAAACCUUCUUAAUGACCUUGACAAAAAAUAUUAAUUUCCUUUAACUACUGCAAUUGCAGUCUAUACACAAAAUUUUUCGUGAUUCUGUUUUUAUUUGUUUGCAAUUUUCAUUUUGCUCAGUUACUGUAUUUAUUGCCAAAUUUUUUUUCUUUGUAAUGGGCAAGUCAGUAUUACGUGUGUAUUGUAAAAUCUUUUAUUUAAAAGGAAAAAAUUAAAGUAUGAAAUCUGUGUAAUGUGGUUUCUUUCUUGGGGAAUGAUUCACUUCACUGAUCUUCCCUUUCAACAAUAUUAAGCUCAGGAAACAUUGGGAUCAGAAUUAUUCUGACUUGCAUGAUUAUAUUUAUCCCUUAGUUGCUUUGUUUAUUGAUAUGUUGGCACAUGCAUUUUGUAAUGUGGAAAAUAUUAUACUAUUCAGUCACAAGAAAAGUUUAUUUCAA